ACCAUGUCACUUAAUCAAGUCUCAAUUCCUACGAAUUAAAAAUUUGAGUUUUGAUAUUCUCCAAAAAAAAAAAAUACUACUAUGAGUUUUGAUUUUAACAGUUCAAAAAUUAAAUCGAAUUUACAAUAAUGGCCAAUGUUUGAUAUUUAAUUAGCAAUUAUCCCAGCUUCUAGAACCCCAUAACACUCUUCCUUGACUGCAUUCAUCAUUCUACCUCACGUCAAUGGAUUUGAACGACCACAUUGAGAAAAUCCUAUUCACGGAGCAACAAAUCUCCGAAAGGGUUUCUGAACUCGCAUCCACAAUCACCGCUGAUUUCAAAGCCGCCGAGGUUGCUCCGGCGGUUGUGGGUGUCGCCACCGGAGCUUUUCUUUUCGUGGCAGACCUCGUGCGGAAGAUUCAUCUGCCCCUCACCGUCGAUUUCGUGCGCGCCGAAUCGUACGGGUCGGGUACCGUCUCCAAUGGCCACCCCACGAUCUCCUUCGGCCUGAAAGUCGAUGUUCGAGGGAAGCACGUUAUUCUGGUUGAGGAUAUUGUUGAUACAGGGAACACGUUGUCCUGCCUCACUGAUUACAUGAAAACGGAGGGUGCCUCUUCUGUGUCUGUUUGCACUCUUCUUGAUAAACCAGCAAGGCGAAAGGUUCACUUUCAAGUUGUUGGUGAAGGGAAGUAUUACCGUGGCUUUGAGUGCCCAGAUGACUUUGUUGUGGGCUACGGACUCGACUUUGCUGAGCAGUACAGGAACUUGCCAUAUGUUGGUGUCUUGAAGCCUGAGAUUUACAAGUGAGAGACUUCAUUUUAACUGUGGAGAAAUGCAGCAGUGUGUAAGCAUUCACUCAAACGUGUGAAGAAGCUUGCAACAUUUGAAUGCUUGGAGAUCUUGAUGAACUCUUUGCUGGAAAAAUAAACCUCAGAUUUUUUGUUUCUUUUUCUCAGUAUAUUGUCAACUACUGCUCAAGUGUAAAUGUUCUUUGGUUUAGUUCUCUAUUUAUUCCAGCUAUUUUAAUUAA